UUGACCACUCUAGGACACCGUAGGAGUAACGUGACCACCAUAGACAUAUGUCUAUAGUGACCACAACACCCUGCAAGUCGACGAGAAAUUAGAGUCACUGCCACAGGUGCUGCCAUUAUGGAGGGAGAGGCCCUCUCAGCCCUGUGUACUCCUGCUCUGGUGGUGGAUGUGGACAAAGUGAAGAGAAAUGCCCAGAGGAUGAUUGAACGCUGUCAGAAGCUGGGGGUCCAGCUUCGGCCACACAUGAAGACCCACAAAACCCUUGAGUGUGCUGACAUAAUGACGGGUGGAUCGCGGAGGUGCAUUGUGGUUUCCACACUGGCAGAGGCUUGUUUCUAUGCCGACCACGGAUUUGAUGACAUCCUCUAUGCGUACUCUCUUCCCUUUGAUAAGGUGGAGCGCUGUGCAGCCCUGUCAGAGAGACUGGAUCUCUUCCAAGUGUUACUGGAUCAUCCUCAGGCCCUGGAGCAGCUCAAAAAGAGACCGUUAAGGGACGGUCGGCAGUGGCACAUCUGGCUGAAACUCGACUGCGGCAAUGGGAGAGCUGGUGUCCUGCACUCAGAACCUGAGGCGCUCACAUUGGCUCAGGCCAUUACGGAGACUGAGGGCAUGGAGCUAACAGGAAUAUACGCUCACUGUGGGAACACCUAUAACUGCAGAGGAGUGGAGCAGAUACAGGUUGUCGCCCAGGAAACCACCAGCUUGACUUUGCAGUUCAUGGAAAAACUGAAGGCUGCUGGCAUCACCUGUAAGUCCAGCAUUGGCUCCACCCCUUCCUGUAGUCACCCAGUCAAAGACAUGGCACAGCUCAGCGAGGUGCAUCCAGGAAACUACACCUUCUAUGACGCGCAGCAGUCUGUGAUUGGCUCGUGCAGUCUGGAGGAUGUUGCUGUGAGGGUUUUGACAAGAGUCAUUGGACACUGUCCUCACAGGAACCAGCUCCUGAUUGACUGUGGAUGGACUGGACUCAGUCUAGACGGAGCUGGAAAACUUCCCACUGGAUAUGCCAUGAUUGAAGGACACCCAAACCUCAAGUUGUUGUCUAUGACCCAAGAGCACGGUAGAGUGGAGCCCAUCUCAGGACCGCUGGACUACAGCAAAUACCCCCUGGGCUCGCUGCUCACACUGAUCCCAUACCAUUCGUGUGCAACUGCCAUGAUGCACCCUGUGUACCAUGUGCACUCGGAGGGCCGUCUGCUGGGGAAGUGGACACCGACACGCGGGUGGUGAACUGCUGUCCAACUGUGCACUCACUGCAUACAUGACCUUGUUAGGACACGUAAAUGAACAUUGGAAGAAGAACCACUUCUUCCUACUUGGAGCAACUAAUGUUUUUGGAUGAUUUCAUAAGUAGUUGGCGACUAUAAUUGAAUAUUCACGUCUACCUAAGUGUAGGCAUAGAAUUAUUUUUUGUGGACCUAUUCCCCAAAUAUUUUAACUGAAGUGAUGUGCAUAUGCUUCUAAUUAAUUAAAUAAAUUCCAGCUUUAGGACUAUGUUGUCUCAUCCUUUAAUUAAUAUCAUCUUGUUUGUUUCUUGAAAUGUUUUUGAGAUGAGUAAGUAAAGGAGUCAAUGUGCCAAGACAGCAGCAACAAAUGCCAGUAGACAGCUGUCAGUAAGUGGGCACUCACUGAGUAUAAUGAUAUAGUUACCCAAUUAUCUAUAUGUGUCAGUUUGAUGGUUAAACACAAAUGAAUGGCGAUGCAGAUGUGUGGGUUCUGCAUUUCUACUUUGAAGAGUGUUAGUUAUUCUCUUGUCCAUACAGUGUAACUAACUUUUUUGCUCUAUGUUGCCUACAAAUCUUGGUUUUAACCUUUUAGGAUUGUUCAUUAGUUUUUAAUAUUCAUUGUUCAAUCUUUAGUUUUGGACUGUCUCUAAUUGUAGUAAUUGAAACAUAUAAAGAAGCUGCUCACAGUAUGCACAGCAGAGCACCAGGUGCCCGUACCUGCAAGACAAACUGAAACUCAUGUAUAAUCAGAGAGUGUAAUGAUCAGGAGCCUGGUGAUGUGAGAGAGGCAUUUCUCAUGCUGAUGUUAAUAAAUGAUCCUUCAUGAUAUACUACUAUGGAUGUGUAUGGGGACUACCGCAGCUUCUCCUGAACGCUGGUGGUGGUUUAUUUUUUCUGACUCAAUAAAAUUACUAUUGUUCUCAA